AUGGGAGACGAUGGGCUGCAGCAGCAGCAGCAACUCAGCUGCUUGAUGGGGGCCUCUGGUUGUCGCUGUGGGGGUUGCUGCAGAGGAUACAGAAGGCGGGGAUUGGCGUGGGAUGCUGCAGCAGAAGGAGACAGGUUUGCUGCUGCUCAGCUGCUGCAUCUAGCUGCUGCUCUUCCUGCUGCUGCUGCUGCUGCUGUAUGCGGUGAUGCGCCGCUGCUGCAGGCAGCAGCAGCAACAGUCCGACGGAGGCUGCUGCAACGCUGCAGCAGCAGCAGCAGCAACAGCAACAACAACGACAGCAGCAGCAGCAGCAGCAGCAGCAGCAGCAGCAGUGGCUUGGAGCUGGCAGAGGCGCAGCAUAUCGCUUGCUGCUGGGUUGCUGUUUCGCGUUUGCUGCUGCUGCUGCAGCCGACGCUUGAUGCUGCUGCUGUUGCGGUGUAUCCGCAGCUCUCUGCAGCAGAAGCUCGCUGUCUUCUUGACUAUCGCAACAGCAUCAGCAGCAGCAGCAGCAGCAGCAGCAGCAGCAACUCAAACCACGCUGAGUUGCUGCUCCCCGAUAUAUUAGCCCCUCUGCAAGCCCUUACGCCUGUUGCUGCAGCAGAUGUAGCAACAGCAGCAACAGCAGCAACAGCAGCAACAGCAGCAGCAGCAGCAGCAGCAGCAACAGCAGCAACAGCAGCAGCAGCAGCAGCAGCAACAGCAGCAGCAGCAGCAGCAGCAGCAACAGCAGCAACAGCAGCAGCAGCAGCAGCAGCAGAUGUAUCAGAGGUUCUGCAGCAGGAAGCAGCAGAAGCCCAGGUGUAUUUACAGCGCGUCCGGCGGGAGCAGCAGCUGUCUGGUGUUGCUGCUGCAGCUGCUGCUGCUGCUGCUAGGACGAAGGACCCCUUUGAGCAGCAGCUGCUGGAGACAGCAGCAGCAGCAGCAGCAGGGUUUGCUGCUCGCCCUCCUCCUCCUCUGCUGCUGCUGCUGCAGCAGUCUCUUGCUGCUCUGCUGCAGCUGCGCGAUGCACUCUCUGAUGAUAUUCUCUGUCGCUGGUCAGCUGCUGCUGCUGCAGCAGGAAGCAACUGCAGCAGCAGCAGCAGCAGCAGCAGCAGAGUUGCUGCAGCAGCAGCAGACCCUCGGAUUGCUGUUGCUUGGGCUCGUGCUGCAGCAGCAGCAAACUGCUGCAGUGCCCCUGGUGGGGCUGUGCAUGCGGCGCUGCUGCUGGCGGAGCAGCAGCUUGUUGGGUCUCGUCGUCAGCUUGAGGAAGCAACAGCAGCAGCAGCAGCAGCAGCAGCAGCAGCAGCAGCAGCAGGAGCUGUCCCUGUAAGACACCUGCAGCAACUUGCUGCUGCUGCUGCUCUCCUACACUCACUCAGUGCAUGCGGGGUCCGCCCCAGGGCUUGUCUGCACUCUUUGCUGCCUGGGCUUAGACGGGCUAUAUACGCUCAGCAGCAGCAGCAGCAGCAGCAGCAGCAGCAGCAGCAGCAGCAGCGGCAGCAGCAGCAGCAGCAACUGCAGCAGCAACCGGGAGAAUACGGCGAUGAAGCAUUCAUGCUGGGCGGAUAUAUUUCUGUCUCUGGUGGAGGUGCAGGUGCGGAGGCUUCACUAUACGCAGCAGCAGCAGCAGCAGCAGCAGCAACAGCAGCACCAGGAGCAGCAGCAGCAGCAGCAACAGGACCAGCCAUAGCAGCAGCAGCAACAGCAGCUCUAGUAGCCGCAGUAAUAUCAGCAGCAGCUGUAGCAGCAGCAGCAGCAGCAGCAUCAGCAGCAGCAGCAGCUGUAGCAGCAGCAGCAGCAGCAGCAGCAGCAGCAGCAGGGUCUGAAGCCGUUUGCUGCUGCCUUCAGCAGCAGAAACAACAGCAGCAGCAGCAACAUCUGCAACAAAACCACCAGCUGCUGCUGCAGCUGCAGCAAUUGCAGCAGCAACGGUACCAGCAACAACAGCUGCAGCAGAAGCAGCAGCAGCAGCAGCAGCAGCAGCAGCAAUGCCGUCGAGCUACUGCAGCACGACCUUGCCGCUUCUGCUCGCGGCCAUCGCCCUGCUGCUACCAAGACACCUCCCUGCUGCUGCCAGCAGCAGCAGACAGCAGCAGCAGCAGCAGCAGCAGCAGCAGCAGAGGGGCGCUGCAGCUGGGUGUGGGGCUGAGCCACUGGACAGACCGAUGGGUCUGGCGGUUUGCUGCUGAGGCGGUGGCUCUGCGUGCAGCAGCAGCAACAGCAGCAGCAGCAACAGCAACAGCAGCAGCAGCAGCAGCAGCAACAGCAGCAACAGCAGCAGCAGCAGCAGCAACAGGUGCACCGAGCUCUGCUGCUGUUGAGGGUUUAUAUUUGGGGCCCUUGAUUGAAGGCUGGGUUGCUGCAGAUGGCUGCCUGCAUGCAAAGGAGACAGAAGAUGCUGCUGCUGCUGCUGCUGCUGCUGCUGUGCUGCUGCUGCUACCCCGGCCUAAUCUAUGGCUUGAGGAGACGCUUACAGCGGAGACAGCAGCAAAAGGAGACAGAGAAAAAGAAGGUAAAACAGCAGCAGCAGCAGCAGCAGCAGCAGCAGCAGCAGCGAAGGAAGAAGAGACAGAUAAAGAAAAGGAGACAGUAGAAGAGCAACACAAGGAGACAGAAACAAAAACAAAAAAACAAAAGGAGACAGAAACAAAAACAAAAAUAAAAAAAGAAAAAGAAAAGGAGACAGAAGACAAACAGCAACGGAGACAGCUGCUGCCUGCAGCAACACUGCGGCUCUUCUAUGGCUACCUAGUUAAAGCUAGCAGCAAACAACUUGCUCUCCUCUGCUGCAGCAGCAGCAGCAGCAGCAGCAGCAGCAGCAGCAGCAGCAGCAGCAGCAGCAGCGACAGCAGCACCAGCAGCAAUAGCAGCAGCAACAGCAGCAGUAGUACAAGCUGUAGCGACAGUAGCAGCAGCAACAGCAGCAGCUGCAGCAGCAUGUAG